CGUUCUUGCAUGACAAAACUCUUAAAAAUUCCCGUGACUUAAAGAGACCACGUGACCUUACGAGUUACAUACGGAAGCGCGGGAAAAUAUGAACAUUGUUCAUGUAAGUGUCCGCAGUUUACCCUCAUAAUUUUGAGUUCCGAAUGAUACAUUUUUCGGAAAUUUUUAAUCUUUGGAAGACGUUUACAUCAUGGCGAGCUUUCGAGGCUACUUUCUACCUGAAAAAAGAAACUCAAACGGAGAUGGAGAGGACUCCGAAGUGGAAAGUGAAAGUGACAAUGAAGAUUUCGAGAACCCAGAUUAUCACGACAUCGUUAACACUACCUGUGGAAGAUACAAGUUCUAUAACCCAUCGAGGACCCGGUAUGUCACAGAAAGGCUGAGAGAACUCAAAGAACUGGAUGGGCGACUUCAACCAAAGGGAGAAAAACUUGUGCGCGCUAGAUUUGAUCGAAUGUUUACGCACCCUUGGUGGAUGGCUGAAAUGAUAAUGAAAGGAAGUUCUCAAACGCAGAAGAGCAUUCCGUCCUAUAGCAUUCGAUCUGACGAUGGGGUCAAUAAAUCUUUGAUUUCUUUGUUUCUGACGCAGGGAUGCCGUGUCCAGGAACAACAUGCCUUUGCGAUUUUGGACUUCUUCGAAAAUAGAAAUCUCAGGACGACGUUUGAUUGUCUAUCGGAAAACAUAACGGAAUUCGAACGCAGUAGUGACAUCGACAAUGAUAUUGUCAAACAGAUUCGGAAAAGUUUAACCUCCACGGCCACAGGGAAAGCUUUCUUAGUACCAGAGCUUACAAAGAUUGCUCAUCGGUUAUUUCCUCAUCACACAGAUGCACUAUUCUCAUCAACAAGCCUUGAAGUGCUAAAAUGCAUUGAGCAAGCAGUUAGAAAUGAACCUUGGAUUCUUGGCUACCAAAAGGUCCUUCAAGGAAAGUUUGGCAUUUCAGGGUGCGAAGCCAAGUUGGCUGCAUUUAUUGACUGUGGACUUCUUACAGCUAUGCCAGUUGUGAAGCGUGAUGCCCUCUAUAUUUACAAUGCCCUAUGUAAGUUAACCUAUAAAGAGGGUCACACCUUUGUGCCUCUGUGUCUUUUGAAAUGUGGUAGGUGGUACAACAAGCCUGUUGCACCUGGACCUUAUCAGGUAACCAAGUGGGAUGAAAGCUUAACUUAUCUCUUGGAGAUUCAUGCUGUGGGAAUUUCCGGUAAUACAUUUGAAGAUGAAUGCUCAGUGUUUUUACCGCAUAUCCAUGGCUAUGAGAAAAGCAUUGUUAGAGAUAUCUGCACUGUCAGGAAUGGAAUGCCUUGGGUUAAUUACAUGGAGAUAGAUGAAAAGCUGUUUAAUGGAGAUCAAGACCAGAUUAGGGCUGCACACCUCAUAACCCAAAAACCUGUGGUGGUCCUGUCAGGGAGGGGUGGCUGUGGCAAAACACAUGUUGUUUCAACAGUUUUGUCAAAAGUCUUGGAGCUGGAAGAAAGUCAGAUGUCAGGUGAUCAGUGUGACCACCAGGAGACUUCUGGAAAGUUGCAACCAUCUGAGUCCAUUCUGCUUACAGCGCCAACUGGCCGAGCAGCUUCAAUUCUGGGGAAACGGACUGGCAUUGAGGCAUACACCCUACACUCUGUAAUCUUCAGUUAUUUCCAUUGGCUUAAGGAAGUAAAGGAAAAACAAAACGAGUCUACUUGGAAAUUUUCAGACGUAAAUCUCCUUGUUUGUGAUGAAUGUUCACUCAUUUCUGUGAAGAGUUUCUCCACCCUACUGAACAUACUUUUGAAGAAAACUGCCCUCCAACAGAUUAUUUUGCUGGGAGAUGUCAACCAGCUACCAUCUAUUGAACCAGGAAACUUCCUGAGUGAUGUUUAUCAUGCACUUGAACAAAAUGAUUGCGCAAUCACGCUGAGAACUAAUCACAGGGCAGAAUCUCAAUUGAUUGUUGAGAAUGCAAGAAGGAUUUCCCAACAAGAAAUGCCUAUCUUUCCUGAUGAUUGCAAAAAGGGAUUCAUCUCCUUACCAUAUCAAUCAAGGAAAACAAAAAAUGGUCAGGAAUCUGAUGGCUUCAGGGAAACAGAGAUUGUGAAAGACUUACUGAACAACAAAAUAAGUGCAGUGCCAUCACUGGAACCUCGCAACUCACAGUUCAUUACCUUUCGACGACUGGACUGUUUGAAAAUUAAUGAGCUGUGUUGUAAACAUUACGAAAAUCACUCCUUGAAGACCCCAGAGGGAAAGAUGAUUUCAGAAUUGGUGAUAAAGUAUGCAUCAGAAAGAACAAGGAGUGCUUUGAUGCUGGCACGGAGACUGAAGUGAAAUUAUCCAAUGGGGAAAUUUUCUUUAUUGAAAACAUCAGUGUAGAAAAGGACAACCGAGGAACAAAAAUUACAUACUUUGUUCUCGAUGAUGGGCAGAAGAUGGUGAAAGUGGACAUAAAGUCAUUGAAGAGUGCUAAACUGUGCCAUGCUUGGGCAAAGACUAUUCAUACUUUCCAGGGUUCAGAGACUGAUAAAAUAGUUUAUGUCCUGGGUAGUCCCAGCUUUCAAAACUGGCAGCACGUCUACACCGCUGUCACUCGAGGCGUCAGACAAGUAAUAAUGGUCUAUGACCCCGACCAUUUAAGAAAAGUGGUGACAGUAUCCAAGCCAAAAGAGAGACACACGAAGCUCAAAGAAUUGCUCUCUAAAGAAAUAAAACAAGCGUCCUUUUCUUCGUCUAAAGAAAAAGUAAGUGGUGCAAGCGUUGUUGGCACAAGUGGCGGUACAAGUGUGACAGGAGACAAAACUCCUCAAGCAUCAGAGGGAAGAGUUUUUGGUAGUGGUGCUCCUCCUACACCACCAAAAAUACCAAUCCAGAAACCUGCCUCGUCUCCAAAACUUCAUUCCACCAACUCUCCUCGAAAGAGACCGUGCGAUAAAUCUGAAGGUACCCCCGCGAAAGGGAGAAGAGGGUCCCUUACCGCAAAAUUUGAUCAGAUCUGUCACCUGUGCAAGAGGCCAAUUAAGGCAAGAGUGGAUGAAAUAACCUACAUCAACAAUGGACCAAGCAAAAAGUGGGUACACGAAGGUUGUGCCUAGUCAAGACAUUCGUUGGCUCCUGGUCGCCUGAGCGUUACGAGAACAUGACUUCAUUCUCUUGGUGAAUUGAUAGCACGUGCAGAGGCCAUCAAAGCGGAUUUCGUCUCAGGUGUGAAAGAAGUACCCUCCGUUCCGCUGAAAGGCAAACGGAUGGCACCGCGCCAAGAAAAGAGCAAGUCAAUCAUUCAAACAUUGAAGAGUGCCGCAUAAGGUCCAAGCUGUCCACAAAUGUUCAUAGUGACCUGUAACGGAAUUUUUACCACAAAUGAAAGUAAUGUCGCAAUCUGAUUGGCCAAUUUGCCGCUACCGAUAAGAGUACAGACAACGCUGCUAGCGUCAACGUGCCACGAAACGUGUCCCACAUUGAAAGAAUCGUUUUAUUUUACGUCGAUAUUGUGGUGAAAAACGAAUCGAUAGUUGUUUAGCGUGGCCUAUACUCUUAUCGACUCUUAUCGGAUGGACCACGUUAAAACACUGUCGAUUUGUUAAACUCAACUACCACAAAACAAUGUGCGUACUCCCUACUUCGUCGAGAAAGAAACACCAAAAAUUAUUAAUGAUUAGGAAGGACUAGUAACACUUACUGAACGCUAUUUUAAAACACUUCUUGUCCACGCUGUUUUCAUGCGUGUUGUUCUUUGCCGGUCUUAGUCUCAGUUUAAGUUGGGAACCCGAAUCGAGCUAAUCCGAAGUUUAAGUUACCAGAACGCAAGUCCCGUCACAGGACAGAAGAUCAGAUAUUUAAGUGAAAAUGCAUCAGUACAUUUAACACAGUUGAUUACAAGUAAAGCUGUCUCUGUUUAGAAGAGUCAGUCUGAAAUGCAAAUAUUUUACCCCUUUGCUUUACAUGUAUUGUUUUUACCACGUACAGUUAUUUCACGUGGGAUUAAUUUAUAUUUCUCUGGUCACACUAAAAAGGGAUUUAAUCG